CCGUCAGCAACGUUUGCACGGGAUUUGUAAAGAUAAAAAGAAUGAGUGAGCUUAAUUCUAUUGAAGUAGAUACGACGGAAACGAUACAGGAUAUUGCCAUAAAGUUGGUCACUGAGCAGCUAAAAAAUGAAUCGCGUUUAGCGACGGCACCAUCCGAACGAACUAUUUUCGUCCUUGGCAGUAAAGGGGUCGGAAAAUCAACGCUGAUCAAUAGGUUUCUGGAUCGUGACGAUGUUCCUCGGCCAACUCUAGCUUUAGAAUAUUCAUUUGGGCGUCGCACAGCCUCAGGACAAGGAGCACGGAAAAACAUCUGUAACGUGUGGGAGCUGGGAAGUCUGGCCAAUUCUGCUCAACUUAUUGAAAUGCCCAUACGAUCACAUGGGUUGGCCUCGUUUUCUAGUAUCAUUAUGCUAGAUCUGGCCCAGCCCGAUCGCCUUUGGACGGAUCUGGAGGCCGUGCUUAACGGUCUUAAGCAGGCCACUUCAAAACACUCUUCCCUCGGCCAGACGGAUGAGAUGAAGGAACUAACCAUGCAGAGAAUCGGUAAAGAGCAUCCAGACCUGGCGACGCUGGAACUUUUUCCAUUCCCAAUAGUCAUUAUCGGUGGAAAGUACGACGUAUUUCAAAACCUCGAUUCCGAAAUCCGAAAACACGUGUCUCGUUGCCUGCGGUCCAUCGCGCACACUUUAGGGGCAGCGUUGUUAUUUUAUUCAUCCAAAAAUUCUUCCCUCACCAAGUUAGUUAAAGACAUUUUAAACUAUUUAGGGUUUGGCAGUCCAUCGAAUCCUUUCCGCACCCCAGUAUUCGAUCAUUCGGCUCCUUUGGUUAUACCUUUUGGGGCAGAUUCUUGGGAGCGGAUCGGGGUUACGCCUACCAACUCGGAACGUAUCGGGCAUAGCUUUGUUACGCAGAUACCACAAGUUCCCAUCAGUCAGAACGUUGUGCCGGACGAUCCAGGCAAGGAUCCUGGUUUCAAAGAGUCAACAAUCGACGAACUUCGUUCACACAAGGACGAGGAGCUACUGUACGUCCUCAAGGACACUGAAAUCCGAAUGAAGUUCGAAGUUGUCCAAUAAAUAGAAGCCAGAUGGCCA